GGAAGUGUUGGUGGGGAGACGCCAUGGACGUUUCGCUCUGUCCGGUGUUACUACAGUUGACAGUGGCAUGGAGCAGCGGAAGUGGCUUCCGAGUGGAGCAGCCGAAAUACAUCGAGGCUGUAGUGGACGAGUCUGUCACUCUCACCUGCACCUUUACGCACCCGGAAAUCUCCUCACUCCGAGACAUUGACAUCAGGUGGAAAGUUCGUAAGAACCACAAGACAGAUAUAUUCAGAUACCUGGAUAACUAUACACUCAACGUUUUCGGAGGCCGGAUCAAUUUCCUGGGUUCGCCACUCAGAGACAAGACGGGCUCCAUCCGCUUACACCGGGUCGAAGAAAGGGACACCAACAUGUACUUCUGCAUUGUGGUGAUCUUGGGGGAAGAGUACACAGGUCCUGGGACCGUCCUGUCAGUUCAAGCACGGACCGGUGACCGUGGGUUCCGGGUGAAGCAGAUGGGGUACCUGGAGGCUGCAGAGAAUGGGUCCGUCAUUCUCCCCUGUUCCUUCACUUACCCGGACACUUAUACACCCCGAGACAUUCAUAUCACUUGGAAAGUUGGUGGCUUUCAUGGUACAAAGAUAUUCGAUUCUUCACAAAACAACACAUUCGGGGAAUACCAAGGCCGGAUCGAGUUCCUGGGCUCCCCACUGCGAAACAAGACGGGCUCCAUCCGCUUAGUUGCAUUGAAAGCAAAUGACUCCAAUUUCUAUUUCUGCCUUGUGACAUGUUUCAAUGAUAGUGAUAAACCGAUUGGAUGGCAAAGCAUCUCAGGGACAUUUCUGUCAGUGAGAGCGAUCACAGUAACUGAAGAGAUGAGGAACCUGAGCCACGGCUCCAUCCUGAUGAUCCGGACAGCGCUGGUUCUGGGACUGCUGGUAGCGGUGUGGACCGUGGGCAUUUACCUCAUCAAGAGGAACCCAGUUACAGAUGCCACCUCUCGGGGACUGAAGAAGGAGACAUUCCAGGAGACACAGCUCUGAGAAUUAAUUCUCCCAGAUGGCUCGGGGACUGACAGUUUAACCUUGGUCUGGGCACCAGGUGAAAUGGAAGAUCUCUCAUCAGUGCAAAGUGAGAGCACGUCACUGUGACAGAACUCGAAGCAGCAGGGACAGGGGCUAAUCUAAGCAUUGUGGUGUUCCUAUCUCUUCUGGGUAUUUAUGGUUUAUGUGCAACACCUCAGCGUUACCUGUGUAAUAAAACCCUAGAACUAAUUCCCAAACAUGCGGGAUAAUUUCACGGCUUGGAUCGCCAAUACUGUUCAGUGAUGUCAACUAUUUUGAAAAUUCCCUCUUCAGUUUUGUUGAUGAAUAUAUUAAUAGUGCAAUGCCAUAAACACAAGGGGUUUUAAAGUCACUGGAAAUCCAGGGGAACAUGCACAGAAUGCUGGAGGAGCCCUGCAGGUCAAUCAAAAUGAAUACAC